GUAUAUAAGUCAAAUGAGUGAAGUAAAAUUUUGAAAAUGACUAAUCAAAUAAAAUUGAAAAACCAAAAAAAAAAACCAACAAGACUUGAAAACGUUUGCCACUCACAGGUCGAUAACAGCCUCUCUUGCUUAAGCUGAUAGAGAGUACAUAUUAUACUAUAUUCAUCUCUGCGGACGUCAAAAGCCACAGCGAUUCCUGAUAAAUUCGACUUCGCUGGCUGUUUUCUUAGUGCUAUUUAGUCGAUCGCUGACUACCGAAUCGAAAAGAUGCGCGAACUUGUCGUUCUUAUCGUUCUAAUCGCGUUGGCGCUCUGUCAAUAUGCAAACGCUCGGCUAUUGGAUGAAAAUUGUUCCGGUAAAACGCCAGUAGAGUUAAGAAUGGUCGGUGCACAGUUAGCUAACCCGACCACCACUACAUGGAUGGCUAGCCUGCACAAUCUUACCCACUUCGUAUGCGGCGCAACGCUUAUUCACAAAAGCUUUGUUCUAACAGCUGCACACUGUCCAAAAUUUGGAGACGUUAGAACCGUGCAUGUAGGAGAAUACGACCUAAUGUGCUCGGCAUCGCAUUGCACACACGUGGAGCGUCGUAAUGUGGCCGAGGUUAUUUAUCAUCCAAAUUAUAACGAACAAGCAUAUCACUACGAUAUAGCGUUAUUGCGACUGGACCGUGAUGUAAUAUCCAAUAAUUACAUAAAGCCAAUUUGUAUAAUCUUGGACGAGGGUGUUUCAUCCAAGUCAGUGAACCAAUUCUCGGUUUUCGGAUGGGGAUUGACGGAAACCAGGCAGUUAAGCGAUAAACUAAAAUGGCUCACUCUAUUUAAUGAAAUGGACCACUCUAAAUGCAAUUCUGAUGGUGUGAAAAAGAUCUGUGCAGGCCGUACCGAUAAAAAAGACACAUGUAAAGGAGACUCUGGCGGUCCACUGGCUGCGGUUUAUAACUACAACGGAACGAACAAAUUUGUGCAGUUUGGGAUAAUCAGCUAUGGAUCUGGGGAUUGCGAUGGAUAUGGCGCCUAUACGGAUGUACUUGCCUACAGAGACUUCAUAGUUUCUACCGUGUUUGAAAACGAGCCCAGACUUUUGACUGAGAACUGCAAGAGCGAUUGGGGUAAUGGAGUUUACCUGCGCCUUUGGGAGAUGUCACUUUUAGAGCACACUUUCACUGGCGCCCUAAUCACAAACAGAUUUGUCUUGACUGUUGCAAGUGCCUUUCCCCCAAAAAUCUCUAAAAUAACUGUUGAGACCAAAUAUCUGGGCAGCUUCGAUGUAGAUUGGGUCCACAGGCACCCUAACUAUACCCUUACAUCCCAAUUCAUGAAAAAUAACAUAGCUGUGGUAAAACUAUCUAGGGAAGUCCCUAACUCAGAUCUCGUAAAACCAAUCUGCUUCGGGUUAAACACUGGUCCCCCAACGAAUUUGAAUGCUUUCCUUUACAGUCAGGACAACACUAUUUUGGGUACUCAAAUUGAAUCCCUCGAGAAGGUCGAAGAUUACCAAUGCUCAAUGAAGACUGGAAUGACUAUAGGACCUAAUCAGAUUUGUGUGAAAGAACCAAAGGGCUUUGACCCUUAUGAUAGACCUGGCUCUGUUGUAGGUACAUUUCAAACGAUCUAUGGCUCCGAAAAAUAUCUUUUCGUUGGCAUGUUAAGUCUUGCUAAAAAUGGUAUAUUUUUGCUUACAAAUGUUCAAAGCCAAGGGAAAUGGAUAGAGUCUGAGUUACGCCGCUGAAACAGGCUUUUAUUUUCUUAAAAUUUCCAAGAAAUUCGAAUUAUAAAAUUAUAAUUAUAAAAAAAAAAAAAAAAAAAAAAAUCAGAACAUAAAAAAAAUUGUGCAAUUUAAAUAAGGGGUCAACUGAUCCCAGACAGUCAAAUCUUUUAAUGUUUUUUUUUUUUUUAAAUCAAAUU